ACAUUCCAAGCCCUUUUCUAUACAAAAAAUUGCCAUAAAUUUGUAAACUUCUCAUUUCAACAAAAGUAUUGAAAAUUCCUUAAAACAAAUUCGUCGUAUUAUCAUGGAGUUUCAGGAGUAUUUGCACAAGCAAAUGGCCAUAUUCAACUAUCAUUUACACUCCGAUUAUGGGCUGCUUAUCAAAACAGCAACUUGCAUUGCCUUUGGUGCGGUCUGUGGCUGGAUUAUGGGUCUUGUCACUUGGUUGCUAUAUAAGAUAGCCAAAUGGCAGAAAGUACUGCCUGUCAAUUUUUAUCACUAUCAGGAUGAUUUGGAUUUGGAUUUGGAAUUGGAUACUGAUAUCGGAAAUUGCAAAGAAGAAAAGCUCAAGAGAAGAAGACAAUAUGUUCCAUUGGUCUAGCGAAAAAUUCAAUGUAAUCUCUGUUUAAGAUAUGCAAGUCUUGACUGUACACUAAUAUGCGAGUCUAAAUGGCUAAAUGUCCAAGCUUAAUAGCUAAAUUCAAUUACUGCAUUUGGAAUAAUCGCCCCAAUUAAUAAAUAA